ACAGGAAGAGCGAGAGGGAUAGGAAGCACAGAAGAAAUGGAGUCUUCUUCUUCGUGGAAGGCUCUACUCCUCAUGGUGUUCUUCCUGCUUCCUUUGCUGGCACAGGGAAUGACUCGACACUACAAGUUCGAUGUGGUGGAGAAGAGCUUCACUCGGCUCUGCUCGACCAAGUCCAUCGUCACCGUGAACGGCCAAUUCCCGGGGCCAACUCUCUACGCAAGAGAGGACGACACGGUGGUGGUCAAGGUCGUCAACCGCGUCAAGGUCAACGUUACCAUCCACUGGCAUGGAGUUAGGCAGCUGAGGACGGGAUGGGCCGACGGACCGGCAUACAUCACCCAGUGCCCGAUUCAGCCAGGCCAAAGCUACGUCUACAACUUCACCCUCGCGGGGCAGCGAGGCACGCUCCUGUGGCACGCCCACAUCUCAUGGCAGAGAGCUACGGUUCAUGGCGCCAUCGUCAUCCUCCCCAAGCGCGGUGUUGCGUACCCCUUCUUCCCCACGCCUCAUAAAGAGGUGGUGCUGGUCUUGGCGGAAUGGUGGAGAUCGGACGUCGAAGCUGUGAUAGACGAAGCCAUGAACUCGGGUCGUGCCCCCAAUGUGUCCGAUGCCCACACCAUCAAUGGCCAUGCGGGGCCCGUCUCCGGUUGUGCUUCUUCAGCGCAGGAUGGGUUGACGGUGCGGGUGGAUAAGGGCAAGACUUACCUGUUCCGCAUCAUCAACGCAGCACUCAACGAGGACCUCUUCUUCAAGGUCGCCGGGCAUCAGCUCACCGUCGUGGAGGUGGACGCCACUUACACCAAGCCCUUCACCACCGACACUCUGCUCAUCACUCCCGGCCAAACCACGAACGUCCUCCUCACCGCCGACCAAGGCGCCGGCAGAUACCUGGUCGCUGCCUCCCCUUUCGCGGACUCGCCGCUGGUCGCGGUGGACAACAGGACGGCUACGGCCACCGUGCAGUACGCCAGCAGCGUAUCCGCCUCCGCUGUGGUCACCACCACCAAACCUCCUCCUCAGAACGCCACCCCCGUGGCGUCCAGCUUCGUCGACACCCUCCGCAGCCUCAACUCGAAGCAGUACCCCGCGAAGGUACCACUGAUGGUGGAUCGCUCCCUUCUCUUCACCGUGGGCCUCGGAGUGAACCCAUGCGCGACCUGCACCAACGGGAGCCGAGUGGUGGCGGACAUCAACAACGUGACCUUCGUGAUGCCGACGACGGCGCUCCUCCAGGCGCAUUACUUCAACACGAGCGGGGUGUUCACCGAUGAUUUCCCGGGGCAACCGCCUAUAGCUUUCAACUACACCGGCAGCGGCCCGAGCAACAUGCAGACGAUGAACGGGACGAGGCUCUACCGCCUGUCUUUCAACGCUUCGGUGCAACUUGUUCUGCAGGACACCGGCGUGAUAGGACCGGAGAGCCACCCCAUCCAUCUACACGGCUACAACUUCUUCGUGGUGGGAAGGGGCGUCGGCAACUACGACCCCAAAACAUCUCCCUCCAAGUUCAACCUCGUCGACCCGGUCGAGCGAAACACCAUCGGCGUUCCCACGGGAGGAUGGACGGCCAUUAGAUUCAGGGCGGACAACCCAGGUGUUUGGUUCCUGCACUGUCAUUUUGAGGUGCACACGUCGUGGGGGCUAAAGAUGGCGUUCGUGGUGGACGACGGCAAGGGCACCAACGAGUCGCUGCUGCCACCACCGAGCGAUUUCCCAGCUUGUUAGCUACGGAAUAGUCAUCCAUCGAGGAAGAGAAGACGAGGAAGCAACUCAAUGGAAGGCAGCGAGUUGCGGACAUGUCGUCGAGGCUUUGCUUUGUUGUUGCAUGAAUGUUUUGUUGUUUGGGCUUGCGUUUAAUUUGCGGCGAUGCACGUCUGAAUUGUUUAUGGACCAAAACAGCCUUUUUUGUUUUUGGUUUUGAUUGUACGAAUUUAAAGUUGAUGCAAUAAUUAACUAUAUGCAUAUUUAUUAUUA